AUGCUGCUGCUGGCGAGAUGUCUGGUGGUGGUCCUCGUCUCCUCACUCCUGAUGUACUCAGGGCUGGCGUGCGGACCCGGCAGGGGAUUUGGGAAGAGGAGGCACCCCAAAAAACUGACCCCUUUAGCCUAUAAACAGUUUAUCCCCAAUGUGGCUGAGAAGACCCUAGGGGCUAGUGGAAGAUACGAAGGAAAGAUCUCCAGAAACUCCGAGCGAUUUAAGGAACUCACCCCCAAUUACAACCCUGACAUCAUAUUUAAGGAUGAAGAAAACACCGGAGCGGACCGGCUGAUGACUCAGAGGUGUAAGGACAAGCUGAAUGCCUUAGCCAUCUCAGUCAUGAACCAGUGGCCAGGAGUGAAACUUCGGGUGACUGAAGGCUGGGACGAAGACGGCCACCACUCAGAGGAAUCACUACACUAUGAGGGCCGUGCAGUGGACAUCACCACAUCAGACCGUGACCGCAGCAAGUAUGGCAUGCUGGCACGCCUGGCCGUGGAGGCCGGCUUCGACUGGGUCUACUAUGAGUCUAAGGCACACAUCCACUGCUCUGUGAAAGCAGAGAACUCGGUGGCCGCCAAAUCGGGUGGCUGCUUCCCGGGAUCUGCCACUGUGCACCUGGAAAAGGGCGGCACCAAGCUAGUGAAGGACCUGAGUCCCGGGGACAGGGUGCUGGCGGCUGAUGACCAGGGCCGGCUUCUCUACAGCGACUUCCUCACCUUCCUCGACCGCGAGGAUGGGGCCAAGAAGGUCUUCUACGUGAUCGAGACCAGGGAGCCGCGGGAGCGGCUGCUGCUGACCGCCGCGCACUUGCUUUUCGUAGCGCCGCACAACCACUCGGAGGCCGCCGGGGAGCCCGCGCAGCCGUCUGGCUUAGGGGCCAGGCUGAGGCCGCCGCCAGGGGGCGCGGCGGGGCGCCGGGCGCUCUUCGCCAGCCGUGUGCGGCCUGGGCAGCUUGUAUACGUGGUAGCGGAGCGCAAUGGGGACCGCAGACUGCUGCCUGCUGCCGUGCACAGCGUGACGCUCCGCGAAGAGGCCACGGGCGCCUACGCGCCCCUCACCGCCCAGGGCACCAUCCUAAUCAACCGGGUGCUGGCCUCGUGCUACGCCGUCAUCGAAGAGCACAGCUGGGCGCACUGGGCCUUCGCGCCCUUCCGCCUGGCGCACGCGCUCCUGGCGGCGCUCGCGCCCUCGUGCACGGACCACAGCGGCGGGGACGCCCGGCUCCCCGCGCCCGUGCCAGAUGCGCCCGCCGCGCCAGAUGCGGCCACAGGCAUACACUGGUACUCACAGCUGCUCUACCAAAUAGGCACCUGGCUGUUGGACAGUGAGGCCCUGCAUCCGCUUGGCAUGGCAGUCAAGUCCAGCUGA